AUGCAGUUCACUCUCUCCCUCCUCUCAACCCUCACCGCUCUCGCAAGCGCUUCCCACCCAGGAACCGGCAAUAUCUGGAGCGGCGACAAUGUCUCCGCGGGCUGCACCAACGGCCAGUGCUCUUAUUCCUUCACCUUCAGCGGCCACUCCACCAAGGACCUGCCCGAGUUCGAAGCUCAUUGCAGCGGACACACCGGGAUCUUCGAUGCGGUUCUGCGCCCAUGCACGCUGGUCCCAGGAAAAGGACACACGUCGUCGGCGGUUGUCGAGGCGUCUGCCUAUCUCGCGCUGACCCCACCGAGCAAGGAGGAUCCGGAUGGCAAGGCGCAGGCGGUGUUGCGGCUCGACUUUAACGACGCGAACCCUUUCGUCGAUCAGUGGCAGGGCACGAAGGAUGGAUCUUACACGGAAUUCGCGCAGGCCGGAUAUUCCUUUAAGGUCAUUACGGGUCCGAACACUGGCGCUUAG